AAGGGAACGCCUCCUUCCGGCAGAAUCACCAAACGGCACCAACAAAACAGCAAAACAAACUUGUUAAUCGCCGUAAAAAUUGAGCUGAGAAAAACUCUGAGUUGGACGUGCUGGCUGUGCAGACCCGAGGUUGAUUAAUUCUUAAAGAAAAGCUUUGUUAGGCAGAACGUGUACCCUUAGCAGUAGCAGUCCGCUAACGCUACUUCACCUCAAACAGCUGUAACUUUCAAAAGUUUACGGGCUGAACUGUUUUAGCUUGCUUUUCACAUGAUUCAGCAGCGACUGUAACUGUACCUAAUCUGGAAGUCGUUUAUUUGUUUUGAAUCAUGGUGUGUUGGGGGGCUGUUGUGCGGAGACACGGCGCUGGUCUCUUCAGACGGCAUGCCUCAUCACCUCUUCAGUGUCCAGCAGUGGGUAAAUAUCAGAGAGGACUCCAUCUAACAAGCACGGCUAAGACGUAUGAUGUACGCAAAGUGGAGCUCACGCCUCUUGAGCAAAGGAAACUGACAUUCGACAGCCAUGCACUUGUGAAAGAACUGGAAGCGAAUGGAUUUGAAAAGAAGCAAGCGGAGGUGAUUAUGACCGCACUAGUGACUCUCACAACAGCCAACAUGGACAUUGUGUAUAGAGAUAUGGUCACAGGAGCCCAUCAGGAAAUUGCCCUGCAACAAAUUAUGUCUCAUCUCGAUUCUAUUAGGAAGGACAUGGUUAUUCUGGAAAAAAGUGAAUUUGCCAACUUGCGCUCUGAAAAUGCAAAAAUGAAAAUUGAACUUGAACAAAUCAAGAACAGGUUACUUGAGGAAAGUCAAAAGAUUCGAGCAGAUGCCAAGUUGGACAUCAAUCUAGAGCGAAGCAGAGUUACAGACAUGUUUACAGAGCAGGAGAAAAAACUAAUGGAGAUCAACACAGAGUUCCACAAAAAGAAUGCUGAAAUUGAAAGCGGUGCUGUAGAAACCACUAAGAAAAUUGACAUAGAAGUGGCUUCAUUGAAGACUCUUCUGGAAUCACUCAAACUUCAGACUGUCCGAUAUCUUGCAGCAUGCAUCUUCUCCUGUUUGGCAAUUGCCCUGGGUUUCCAUCGCUUAUGGAAGUGAAUAAAAUCAAAGAAGAAACAUUUUCUGCUAGCAUUUAAAAAAUUUGUUGUAAUAUUGUAUGGUCAUGAUAUGUUUACUACAUAUCCCAAUGUCUUUGUAAGAUGUGUAAGAUGCUUUUUUUAAUAUAUAUAUAUAUAUAUAUAUAUAAUCAUAAUUUUGAUUGUAUUACAUUCAAACCAACCUUUUGUCUUUCCAUUGAUACUAUGUACAAUCUUG